GCCCUUCGCCCUUCCGUCUGCCUCUUCCCACCCUCUCCGACUCCACGUGGGCGCACCCCGGCGCCAGGCGGCCGCGCUGCCCACGGAGCCCCUAGCCGGCCCCGGCACUGGGAGGGAAGGCGCGGCCCUGGGGUCGGACGGACAAAGCGGGCAUCCAAUCGAGCCCGGCACUGCCUCCCCGAAGGGAGGGAGCGUCUGCUCGGACGGGCCCAAUGAGCAAGGAGCCCGAGUGGGACUUCCUCCCGGAAUCCCGUUGGCCAGAAUAGCCGGGCCGUGGGUGACACGUAAGUUGGGCAGGAGGUGGCGGGGCGGCAGAGGCACCAGCCGACCCGUCAGUGACACCGCUGUGCCGUCCCCAAAACCAGCCGAGGCAGCUGGCCCCCACCCUUCCACCCACUGGGCGGGCCGCAUGGGGGCGCGGCCCGGAGUCCUGGUCCCUUUGUUGGGCGCGCACCCCCUCCCUUAGGUGGCAACAAAGUCGUGCAGUGGGAGCCGCCGCGAGAGGGCGGGGAGUGGCCAGGGCGGGACUCCAAGAACUGCCGGGGGGCAGCGGGGCCAAAAAGUGGGAAGAAGGAAAAAAGGCAGGAGGCAUCUGGGGACAGGCGCGAGGGCAGCCGGCUCUGAAGUAUGCGGAGGGCCCCCUCCCGGCCCCGGGCAUUCGCGGAGAACGAGCCUCGCAGAAGUUUGGCUGCAGCUGCCCGGGCGGCGUCGAUGGCUGCGCGCCCCACGCCGCGCGGGGGCUGAGCGGGCGCCACUUCCCCUCCGGGCCGGCUUUUGUGUCUGGCAUCUCCUCCUCAUGCUGCGUCUGGCCACCUCCUGCGGCGGCCGCUGCUGAGACGCUCGCUCGGACCAAGGGGAGGAGACGGCGGGGGCGGCCGCGGCUUUGGGUCCAGGCGGGACUAUGGGAAACGGGAUGUGCUCCCGAAAGCAGAAGCGGAUUUUCCAGACGCUGCUGCUGCUGACCGUCGUGUUCGGCUUUCUCUACGGCGCGAUGCUCUACUACGAGCUGCAGACGCAGCUGCGGAAAGCCGAGGCGGUGGCGCUCAAGUACCAGCAGCACCAGGAGUCCCUCUCCGCCCAGUUACAAGUUGUAUAUGAACACAGAUCAAGAUUAGAGAAAUCCUUGCAAAAGGAAAGACUUGAACAUAAAAAAGCAAAGGAAGAUUUUCUUGUUUAUAAGUUAGAAGCACAAGAAACAUUAAAUAAAGGAAGGCAAGAUUCCAAUAGCAGAUACAGUGCACUGAAUGUCCAACAUCAGAUGUUGAAAAGCCAACACGAGGAGCUAAAGAAACAGCACAGUGACUUGGAAGAGGAACAUCGCAAACAAGGGGAAGACUUCAGUAGAACAUUUAAUGACCAUAAGCAAAAAUACUUACAACUCCAGCAAGAAAAAGAACAAGAACUUUCUAAGCUAAAAGAGACUGUAUACAAUUUGAGAGAAGAGAAUAGACAACUAAGGAAAGUACACCAAGACAUACAUACACAGCUUCAAGAUGUCAAGCAACAGCAUAAGAAUUUACUCUCCGAGCAUGAACAACUUGUAGUGACUUUGGAAGACCACAAGAGUGCACUAGCUGCAGCACAGACUCAAGUUGCAGAAUAUAAACAGCUGAAAGAUACUCUGAAUAGGAUUCCAAGCCUUCGAAAACCUGAUCCAGCAGAACAGCAAAAUGUGACCCAGGUGGCACAUUCUCCACAAGGUUACAACACAGCAAGGGAGAAGCCAACCCGAGAGGUGCAGGAGGUGUCUCGAAAUAGUGAUGUGUGGCAGAACCAUGAAGCAGUUCCUGGAAGAGCAGAAGACACAAAACUCUACGCUCCCACCCAUAAGGAGGCAGAAUUUCAGGCUCCCCCAGAGCCAAUCCAACAAGAAGUGGAACGCAGAGAACCUGAGGAGCAUCAGGUGGAAGAGGAGCACAGAAAGGCCCUGGAGGAGGAAGAAAUGGAGCAGGUCGGGCAAGCAGAACAUCUUGAGGAGGAACACGAUCCAUCACCAGAGGAGCAGGAUCGGGAGUGGAAAGAGCAGCAUGAGCAACGAGAAGCAGCCAACCUCCUGGAAGGGCACGCGCGUGCUGAGGUAUACCCUUCAGCCAAGCCAAUGAUCAAAUUCCGAUCAGCCUAUGAGGAACAGUUGGAACAGCAGAGACUGGCAGUGCAGCAGGCGGAGGAGGCCCAGCAUCUGCGGGAACACCAGGAAGCUUUGCACCAGCAGAGGCUGCAGGGGCACUUACUACGGCAGCAGCAACAGCAGCAGCAGCAGCUGGCAAGAGAGAUGGCCCUGCAGAGGCAGGCUGAGCUUGAGGAGGGCCAGCCGCAGCACCAAGAGCAGCUCCGGCAGCAAGCUCAUUAUGAUGCUAUGGAUAAUGAUAUCGUUCAGGGAGCAGAGGACCAGGGAAUCCAAGAAGAGGAAGGAGGUGCCUAUGAAAGAGACAACCAGCACCAAGAUGAAGCAGAAGGAGAUCCAGGUAAUAGACAUGAGCCUCGUGAACAAGGACCCCGAGAAGCCGACCCAGAAUCUGAGGCAGAUAGGGCAGCUGUAGAAGAUAUAAACCCAGCAGAUGACCCUAAUAAUCAAGGUGAGGAUGAAUUUGAAGAAGCCGAGCAAGUGAGAGAAGAAAAUUUGCCAGAUGAAAAUGAAGAGCAAAAACAAAGUAAUCAAAAGCAAGAGAAUACAGAAGUGGAGGAACAUUUGGUGAUGGCAGGAAAUCCAGACCAGCAGGAGGACAAUGUUGAUGAACAGUACCAGGAAGAGGCAGAAGAGGAGGUUCAGGAAGAUUUGACUGAAGAGAAAAAAAGGGAACUGGAGCAUAAUGCUGAAGAGACCUAUGGUGAAAAUGAUGAAAAUGCUGAUGAUAAAAAUAAUGAUGGAGAAGAGCAGGAAGUUCGAGAUGACAACCGCCCCAAAGGCCGAGAGGAACACUACGAGGAGGAAGAAGAGGAGGAAGAAGACGGGGCUGCAGUUGCUGAGAAAUCGCAUCGAAGAGCUGAAAUGUAGCUGCACCCAAUUUCUAGACAACGCUCAGCCAACGGAUUCUUUUCAAGCUGCUCAAACAUAAAUCUGCCUACUGAACUCUAGGAUAUUUAAUUACAAAAAUUAAGAACUUAGACUUUUUUAAAACUUUUGUAUUAGAAAUGCGCAUACAUUUAUAUGAAUAUAUUUUGAUAACGUAGGUCUAGAGCUUCUUUUAUAUUCAAGCUAAACAUGAAAAAGAAGAAAAACAAUAAAGUAAACCUGAGCCCCCAAGUCCCAAUUUUUUUAAUAGAUUAUGUGAUGUUGGAAAGGUCAUUGAUUUUGUAUAUGUUUCAGCGUGUUACCUUUCUGGCUUUCAGUUCCCAGGUGUUCUUUGUUUGCCUUUGAUAAAAUACAGGAUUUAAGAACAGAGAGUACUGCAAAAUGCCAUGCAGACUUUAAAGAGAAUGGCCUGUUUACUAAUUGCUGCCCUUCUGAUGUCUUUAUGUAUAGCUCUGAUAGAAUUUUCACCAGUCUAUGUAUCUCUGGAGUGAGAUCUGUGUACAAAGUGACAUACAAUUGGAAAUCCAUUUUUGUUGUAAAGACAUUGUUUUUCAGACUUUUCAGAUCAGUUAGAAAAAUGUCAUUGCUUUAAAAUCAUAGCUGUUCUGUUUAAGAGGAAUUGAAUUUAAAAAUGAGAGAGUAUUAAAACUCAUGUGGCAGUAUUCUGGUCUUAAUCAGGUAUUGCAGUGUUCAAACAAGGUAUGGACACAUCAGCAUAUUCAUCUUUUUGAAGGACUAGUGACUUGGUUAAAAACUAAUGAGUGUUUGCGUGUGGUGUUUCUAUGCGAGCACCCAUUCUCAAUUUUUUUUUUUUUUUUUUUUUUUUGUCUGAAGCCAUUGAUUGAUAGUCUUGUUUCAGUGUCUGGUUCCCUAUAAGUAAUAUAUAUUUCCUCUUUAAGCUCUGUGCCUCAAUAUGCAAUCACUUUGAUAAUAAGUAUAAAUAUGAAGACAUACCAAACUGCAAAUAGGAUUAUUUUUCAAAACUAUAUGGUGAAACAUAUGGUGAUACGAUAGACUCUUAUGGUUUUUCUGUUUGCUGGGAUUGGGUCUGCUUUUUGCCUAUGUGUAAGGCAUUUUAAUCAUUGUGAAUAUAAUAGAUUCCUUAAAAUAAGAAAAUUAAAAAUCAGAAACUUCCCUUGGAGUAGAGACAUUUCAGUUGCAAGCAUAAAGAUUUUUAAAUAUAUAACACUAGGUUAUAUAAUUCAUAUAUGUGUGGUUUUGUAUUAAUAAUCAAAUUAAUAAAAACAUUUCAUUUUCUACCAUUGUAUGAAUGUAAUUUUAUUUUUUAAUAACCACACUCAUAGAUGGUUUUGAUUGUUCCAGUUGAGUGAUUGUGUAUGUACGCACAGGAAUGUUUUGUUCAGUUGUACUUUGUAUUUCCAAUAAUCAGAAAUCUUGCCUUUAUGUAUAAAAACCCAUUAUGUAAUGUAAAAUGUAUAAUAUUGUACAUAAUAUUCAGAAUACAAUUAUUUUGGUAAAUUAGCUUGUAUUUUUAAUGUCCCAGUUGCAGUAUUUAAUUAUUUGAACCAUACUGAAAGUUGGUAAUAGUCAAUAAAGCUAAAAAAAAAGUGGCAAA